AUGGAUGCAGAACUGAUAGCCUCUAUGCCCAUCCUGCUCUUCAACAUGGAGCAGUUCCACUUUAAAUCCUUCCCUUUGUGCAUGGAUUUUAAUUUUCUUUCCAAUGCGAUUCUCCUCAGAUAUAAGAGCCUGGCUCAACCUUUUUCAAAAGCGAGGAGCUUUUGCACGGCUCACCAGAAGCUGCUUGAGAAAAUCAUCAUUGGCAUCCUGUGCAUAGCCUACCUGGCCUACUUCAUUGCAGCCUGUUGGCUGGAUUUCCAUCGUGCCUUGGCUCUGGUGGUUUUAACCAGCUUGGGGAUCUGUUACCUGGCCGUUCACCUGGUGAAGAAAUGGUGGGGCUCCAAGAUUGCGCAGAUGCUGAGCCCUUGCGGGAGAUGCUGUCAGAGGUCCUGGAGGUGGCUCAAAUGGGUGUUGUGCGCGCUCCUUUUGAUCGGUCUCAUCACCUGGCUGGUUCUUGACAUGUCCGAGAAGCGAGAGCAGCUAGUGUCCCUCGGGGGCUUCGCUGUGCUGGUGUUGAUGCUCUUUGCCAGCUCCAAGCACCAUAGCGCUGUGUCUUGGAGAGCUGUCGUCUGGGGGCUUGGCCUGCAGUUCCUUCUCGGCGUCUUUAUCAUCCGGACUGACCCCGGCUUUCAAGCUUUCCAGUGGCUCGGCAAACAGGUCCAGAUAUUCCUGAGUUACACCACAGCGGGUUCCAGCUUCGUCUUUGGGGACACAUUAAUCCAAGAUGUAUUUGCCUUUCAGGCGUUGCCCAUCAUUGUCUUCUUCAGCUCUGUGAUGUCGAUUCUCUACUACCUGAGAGUCAUGGAGUUCAUAAUACUGAAGAUGUCCUGGCUUUUGCAAAUCACUAUGGGCACAGCACCCACAGAAACUCUCAGCGUGGUGGGGAAUAUAUUCGUAGGGAUGACAGAAGCACCGCUGCUCAUCCGCCCUUACUUGAAGGACAUGACGAGGUCAGAAGUCCAUGCAGUGAUGACCGGAGGCUUUGCGACCAUCGCCGGCAGUGUGAUGGGAGCGUACAUUUCGUUCGGGAUCGAAGCCUCUUUCUUGAUCGCUGCCUCAGUGAUGGCAGCGCCGUGCGCUUUGGCGGUUUCAAAACUGGUCUACCCGGAGGUGGAAGAGUCCAAAUUCCGGAGCCGGGAGGGUGUGAAGAUUCCCUAUGGGGAAGAGAAGAACAUUCUGGAAGCGGCCAGCAACGGAGCAGCUGUCUCUGUGGGGCUGGUGGCCAACAUCGCGGCCAACCUCAUUGCCUUCCUUGCUGUGCUGGCCUUCAUCAACGCCUCCCUGGCUUGGCUGGGGGGUCUGGUCAACCUGCCGGAACUCUCUUUUGAGCUGAUCUGCUCGUAUGUCUUGGUUCCCCUGGCAUUCUUGUUAGGGGCAAGCUGGGAGGACGCGCCUCUCGUCGCUGAACUGCUGGGGACAAAACUGUUCUUGAAUGAGUUUGUGGCUUAUCAGCAACUGUCGACGUACAAACAGAGGCGGCUGGACGGGUUGCCCGAAUGGGACGGGACACACAAGCAAUGGAUUUCGGAGAGAGCUGAAACCAUCACCACCUUUGCUCUGUGUGGAUUUGCCAAUCUGAGCUCCAUCGGGAUUAUGCUGGGCGGCUUAACACCCAUGGCUCCGCAGCGCAAGGGGGAGUUUUCCAGCAUCAUCACGCGAGCUUUGUUAACUGGAGCCUGUGUUUCCCUGCUCAAUGCAUGCCUUGCAGGUAUCCUUUAUGUGCCCAGAGGAGAAAUGACCAAUUGCCCAGAUUUCUUCAGCCAAACGAAUCUCAGCUCCACCAGUUACACCAUCUAUACUUGUUGCAAAGGCUUGUUUACCAGCACUUCAAUUGGAGCCAAUGGAUCCGUUUCUUUCUCUGGCACUUGGGAAAGCGUGGAUUUCAGCAGUUCAGUGGCAUAUCUCCAGCAGUGCUGUGGUCAUUAUAAUGCCACUGCCUGUGUCUAUGAGCCAUAAUCCGGAGUUUGUGAGGACUAUAACUGAAAGCGUCCUUUGCCACUGAGCCUCGCUCCACUACUAAUCCACUUCGGAAACGAACCGCCUUUCAAAACUAUUGAGGAACCCCUUGCAAAAUGAUCCUCCGUCCUGGUCUUCUUGGUGUGACUGGAUUACAGCUAACUUCUACUGGCUGAAUUUUGCUCCUGGUGCCAAUCAAAGGAUACAAGCCAAAUGUGAUCUACACUAGGUGGUUUUUAAGAGCAUGGAAAGGCCGGGGACUUGUCUUUUGUCACUGUUGGUACCAGUCUAAGCUUUGCAGUACUUGGGUGGCAGUAAAAAAAAAAUACCCACAUCAUCACUGGGUAUUUAAUGCAGAACAAAUGAUCUGUAUGAAUGAGCAUCUACUGCAAAGGAGUGAGUCAACACAGUACACAAGGUGGCAUCACUUGAACAGUGAAAGCCGUAAUUGGUUUUAUAGCUAGUGAGCACAAGCAUACCUUUGGUGUGUUUGUGUAAAAAACUACCCUCUGCAUCUUGGCUAGGAUGUGAAAUCUCACAUCCAAAGAUAAGCCCAAAAAACACUGUCUUAUGAAGAACACAAGGACUUUCAUAUAUGUGUUCAACACUCCGAGUGUGUUUUCAGCUGCAUUGUUUAGGAUCAUGUCCAACAAAAUCAGGAUGAGAGUCCUUUCUGGGAUAGCAUUAACAGGGGCUGUUUGCUUGUCUUGGUGCUGUGACAACAGAAAAGAUGGAAAAGUGGGAAAUGUUUGCUGGUGAGGAAUUUCCUAGAGACUUCGUAAGAUUUGUUGCUGGACAACUGUCUUUUCUAGCAGAUCACCGACCAAUAAUCCUUUUCACUCUCAGGUCCCCCCAGGGAGUGUGUUUUCCUAUGCUCUUCUUUCCUGUGGUCCUUGUGCAUUGAUUUUUCAGAGGUUAAGAGCUCAUUAAAUUUGGCAGCACUGACUGGCAGGUAAAUGGGUACAGCAUUGCAGCCUUAGGGUAUAUCUAAAACUUCAAAGUUAUUUAUUUUGGAUUACAACUCCCAGAAUCCCAUCGCCAGCAUAGAAAGCAACCCAUGCCUAUUUCCCUAAAAGAGAAAUUCAGCAGGAUUGGCUUCUGAAUAAAUAUGCACCGAACUGCAGAAGUUGGGUAUUUCCAAACAAACCUGUGUGCUCAUCUGUGUUCUCCCGAGGGAACAUUUGUGUUCGCGAGCUGAUUUCCACUUUGACCAAAACUUUGUAAACAGGCCAGAGCUCAAAUGGCAUGUGUGCAUACCCACCCAGAGCAUCAUCAAAAAGCAGCUCAAAGGUGCCUGCAUUGGUAAAGUAUUCCUCUGUUAUAUUGAUCUCCGAUCUCCAUUUCUUGGGAUAUAAAACUAGAUUGCUGUGCUCUGUCUGUCCAUCUCUCUCCCUAGGGAACCUACUCUCUUUCUAAGCCAGAUGUUGAACUCCCACCAUUCAUCACUAUUGGCUAUGUUGACCAGGACUUGGUGGGAGCUGCACUGCAACAUCUGGAGUCCAACUGGGUGCUUGACUCAUUCUACAACAAGAGGGAUCACAGGAUGGUUUCUGUACAAGUAUUGGCCUUGUAAUGAGAAGGUGGUUGUUCUACUAGGGAAAGUAAGGUCCUAUCCUCUUGACGCCUAACCCAUCAAGCCAAAGUCUUCUUGAAAGUCUGGAUGAACCCGAGACUUAGACUUCUUCAACCAUCGAGUGUUAGUAGAGAGCAGGAAUAUUUGUGUCAAGUUAUCAUCUGUAAAGUCAUACGUGCAUCACGCUUGGCAUGGAAACCCUGCUAGCUGAAAGAAGAGCCACAUGUUGCAUCAUUGCUUACGCAGCCUUCAGACCGGGAUGAUGAUGACUGCAACAGGCUAGCAAAUGUACUGUUUACUAGCAGAGUUUGGAAAACGGUUGCAGACCGCUCCAGGGUCCCUCAGCCAGCACAGACAUAGGUUAUCUGGGAGCGGUAGUCUUUUUUAAAAAUGCUCUUUAUUUGUGUGGUCAUAAAGCCGAGCUUGAGCUGAACCAGAAGCUGGCACUUGUCAAACCCCAUCCGUUGAUUAGAGACUAUCUCAAAAAGCUGACCCGUGAAAUUUACAUUUUGUCUGAGGUAUCCUUUCUCUGUUGCCCUUCCCAUCCAAAGCUCACUCGACUGGGUUUGGAGGUAGCCUGGGAGCAGACGUAACACUGGAAGGCACUGAUCAUUAAGGGGCAGUGUCCCACAGUGGUCACACUGCUGUAAGGAAAUCCACUUUUGAGCAGACGACUACCGAAGUGAGGACUUGUAGCAGGCAUGCAACGUUAGGGAGGUGCAGGAAAGAGGCAAAGGGUUGCGGGUUGGGGGCAUUUCAACAACAACAACAACAACAAAACUGGUGCCAGAUGGAGAAAGAGAUUUUCUUCAUCCAGUAGGCCAAGGGACAGCCGGUGUGACACAAGGAGAGGACGACAAUGCUCUUUGAGACCACGAGCAGAGCUUGUAAAUGUUCCCCUUUCGAUGGUCACACCCUGUUGGCUGAAAACAACAAUGACUAGAAUGUCAUCCUCAAAAAGGCACUUCCUCUCUCUCUGUAGCAGAUUAUUAAAGCACACGAAACUGAUUUAUCUAUCAGGUGUAGACCUGUGAUUAGCAGCAGCAGCUUCCAGGGACCUCAGGCAAGGCACCGUUCAGCUCCUGCUGUCCAAUGACCUUCAGACAGCAGAGAACAGGGAGCUGGUCUGGGCCCUUUCGGCACACAGCACCUCCCCAUGUUCUCUGUGGUACCUUGGAAGGAAAGGGCAGGGGAGCAAAGAGAGCAAAGGAAAGGGGCUGAUCUUUCACAACAUUUGACAGCCCCAGCCCAAAUCUUCUAAACACACCAACGUCAGGUUGGAACUGCUCGACAUGUUCAUGGCUGCGCAGGGGGAGCCACAUCCGAUCAGAGAUUGUCCCUCCAAGAAAGCCGCUUUUUACGCCAAGGGAUGGUGUGGAAUAGAGUUGUCUCUUUCUCCUCCCAUGUUUCUGGGAGGCCAAAAGGGCAUGGUGGGCUGAGCGAGUGAGUGGGUGAGUCAGGGGCCAAAAGGGCUCGUUGGGACCCUGGGCCGACACAAUCACAGGGAAAGCAGCGAAGGAUGAUGGAUCCUCGGGUGGGGAGCAUUAGCACAUGGGAAUCAAGUAACGCGGAGGUCCAAAAGGAGAGCAGGCCGACUCACCGGCACGUGUGCCCAGGCUCCCCACCUUCACCUUCUCCAUUCAGAAACCACAAGAGUGGCCCUAGUCAACGUUUUUACAUCGACACUGCAC